CUAACAGAAGCUCUCUCUUUUUCUAGCAUUGUUCCUCUGCACCCUUGUGGGUUGGUGUUCAUCUAUCCCGACUCCAUGUGCUCCAGGAGGAACAAGCAGGAAUGGACAGUGUGGUGUGAAAGCUACGCUAUCGAAUCCUCCGCAUGCAUGUCCCCAUGGUUCAACUGCAAAGCAAAACAAUGGGAGCCCAAUGUGUAAGUGUGAUGAAGGGUUUUCCUUAUGCCUGAGCAUCAACAAUUGUACAACUGGACGGCCAUAUUGCAAAGAUAAGGACGAGUGCAAGAUGACCAAGACGAAAUGUGGCAGCAAUGCAACCUGCGUGAAUACGAUUGGAAGCUACUGCUGCCCAUUCAAUGGAAUAACGCAGAAGGCUUGCUCAAGAUGUGAAAUCGAAUGCUAUUUUUCCACGAACUCAAUCAAUUCCCAUGUUUCUAAGCAAAUGUGUCUGAACUCAUGUCAAAUGAAGGCUUUAUAUACCAACAUGGGCAGAGAUGUUGAGAGGGCAUCAGAUGAAACCAGCAAAGUUGCAAAGAUCCUGGAUAAUGCCGAACGUAUCCUACGAUCCCUGGUCGAGGUUCCAUGGAAUGAAAGUGAAGAGCGAAAGUCAAUGGCUGAAUUUGAUAUCGUAAUAAGGCGUCACAUGAGUCCUGUAGAACCCAUCGUGGUAUCAGCACAAGGGAACUCCAUGGAGAUUGAUCCAGUUAUAUUUAUGGACACGGCAACAGGCAAAAGGAGCAGAAAUUCAGCCAUUGCCUUCAUCGUUCACAAAAACAUGACAACAUUUUUGGGCAAUAAGAGUGCGGUGAGGGAGGAGACUCUGGCUACACCUGAACGAAAGACAGAUGUGCUGAAUUCAGCGAUCAUAACGGCAGCUAUAACCAGCAAGACAAGAGACUUUCCCACCCAUCCCAUCAACUUUACCUUCAGCCAUAUUACGGCCAAUGUGAACAAUUCGAUUAUAAGAUGCGUCUAUUGGACCGGAACUCUGAACGGAACUCCCUGGUCUCCUGACGGCUGCGAGUUGGUAUUCUCAAAUAAAACCCACACGGUGUGCCAGGCGUUUCACCUCUCCAGCUUCGCCAUCCUAAUGGCAUUGAAGGAUCUCCCACAUGUGUUUGCACUUGAAGUCAUCACUUACAUUGGAUUAAGUGUCUCCCUGGUGUUUCUGUUACUGGCCAUUGUCACCUUUGCCACUUGCCAAUUGGUUAAUGACACAAGACGCACCAUCCACAUUCACCUGUGUGUGUGUUUGCUGAUCGCUGACUUCAUCUUCCUUUUCGGAAUCUCGCUAACUGGAAAUCGGAUAUUUUGUGGAAUCAUCGCAGGUGUCCUCCACUAUACCUUUCUCGCAGUCUUUGCCUGGAUGUUCCUGGAAGGGAUCCAACUUUAUCUCAUGGUGCAGGUGGUUUUCGUCCCAAAGGUUCCUCUCAAGCGAUACAUGCUUUGGGUUGGCUAUGGGUUUCCAGCUUUGAUUGUCACAAUUUCAGCAGCAGUUAGCCAUGAAGGCUAUGGCACUGAAUCAUCGUGUUGGCUUUCGACGAAGAAUUUCCUUCCUUGCAGCUUCUUUGUGCCUGCUCUACUGAUCAGCAUUAUCAAUUUUAUCUUCCUUUGCAAAACAUUAAUGACGUUGAAAAAGAAGCUGUCAGAUGUCAUUUCAGAAAAUAAGACACUGGGAAAACAGAGAGUAUUUACAAUGACGGCCUUUGGUCAGUUGGCCAUCCUGGGCUGUACGUGGAUGUUUGGCGGGUUUUAUAUCCAGAAUGCAACCGUUCCGAUGAUGUACAUCUUCACCAUAUUAAACAGCUUCCAGGGCAUGUACAUCUUUAUCAUGCACUGCCUGAUGUAUAAGAAGGUGAGAGACAUGUACGUUCGGUGCUUUAGGAAGUGUUUGGGGAGACCAUACAUAUGGACACCCCUUUCCAACUCCAGCUUAAGGACAUCCAACCAGGGUCGGAGAAGCGUCCAGGAGACAGAAUCGACAUCCGGUGCAGUUCAGUGACGUAGUUGUGAACUUGCUGGACUGUAACUUCUUGCUGUACCAUGUGGCUUCAGGUUUUACCACUUGCUGCCAUACAGUCAUCAAGCCCCAGGCAUCUUAGUUUAUAACAGACCAGGGCUACACAGGAACACUUUCUCUCUCUAUUGUAAUUUGGCACUGCUCAUUCUCAAACACUGGGAAGUCCCAAAGAUGGGUAACAAUUUGGGGAAUAUAACAUGGGAUUAGCUGCCAAUAGGCAUUCUCCCUGGUUUAUCUAGCUUAACACUUGUCGCUCAUCCAAUAUCUACAAACAAUUUUAGUUCAUUGUUGCUUUAGGGACCUUGUGGUAUCCAAAUGGGUUACUGUGUUUCCUUCACUCUGUUGGUGACUGCACUUUGAAAAGUACUUUUUUAGCUGCAAAGCAUUCGGGGGUAUCAGUAGAUGAUCAAAUGCAACUUCUUUCUUUAAAUGAAGUUUAAAAAUUGUCAACAUCUGUACUACAUUAGAAUCUGUAACAUAUAGCUCUGAUUUGCCUCUUUUGUUAAAUGAUAUUUUCACAGUGGAGAUGCUAGUUUUGGAGAUCUGUAAGCACAGAAGGGAUAUGAACAUAAAGAAUCUAAGUGGUGCAUUUAUCUCCCCAGGUUAAAGUCUAUCAUUCUGUUGCUGUUAAUUCAGAUUCCCAGGAGGUAAUGGUGUUUUAGACAGAACGGACAUUAAAGGACACAUAAUUCUCACAAUAUGACCACUGAUUACCCUCCGUCCAGGCAGCAUGAUUUCAAAUCCUACCAUGGCAUGUUUGAGAACUUGAAAUUGGCUUAAUCAAAAAAAAAAGAAAUAACCACAAACUUAUGUAAAUUGUCGUAAAACCCCAAUUCGUCCAUUGAAGACUUCCUCCCCCAAUCCUAUCUGUACAUGAAUUCAGAAAACUAACAGUGGGCUGCAUUGAAUGGUCCACCACCCUUCUCUCAGAUCAACUGGAUGUGGCAGCUUCCUAAAGAUGUUCAGAUCUGAGGGUAAAAAAGUUCUUUAUUUCAGCACUUGCUCAGAAAUCUCGACACCAUCCAGGACAAAGCAUCUCGCUCGCUCAGCACUCCAUCCACCACUGCCAAUAGUCGCUCCCUCCACCACUGACGCUCAGUAUCAGCAGUGUGUACCACCUGAAGGAUGGACUGCAGCAACUCACCUUUGACAGCUUCCAAAUACCACCACCAAUUGAAAGGACAAGGGCAUCGGAUACAUGGGAACACCACCCCCCUGAAAGUUCCGCUCCAAGACACUCACC